GUGGCUCAACGUGAUAGAAAUGACAGCCCAAUCCCACUCAAACUACACUCGACCCUUUUCAAUAAUCGAAAGAUAUGUUACAUUGUAUAAUCCUACAUAGCCCCUAACAAAGCCGGGAUAGUCGUAGCUAGAAUGCCAUUUUCUUUCUUUUUUUAAUUUUUAUCAUAGAUCUACUCGAUUAGCACUGUACUGAGCGAAGCAAGAAGAGGUGGGAGAAUACCUAACGCAAACUCCAAAACAGCUCCUUGCGUGACUGUCAUUCCUCUAAACUUAUAUACGAAAAAAAAGUCAAAGCGCACUUAAAUAGACAUGAACACCACAACAUCGAUAAAAUGGAUAUCACAAGUUAGAACAAAGACGUUGUGAACAACAAUCGGCGAGAAUCUCGUUAGUGUAAGAGUAAUCUCGUAGGUUUCGCAAAUCUCGUUGAGGUUCUUUUAUUUGUUUACUCACGACAUUAACUAUUAAAACUGUUCGUCAUGGCGUUGGGCAAGCACGGGCAAGUCUCUGAUGGUGCUGAUGAUACUCUGGAUGUCAGGCCAAAUGAACCAAAGGAACAAUGCCGAAGGUCUGAAUUCGAUAGUUUAAUUCCCAUGAUUGACAUGCAAUCGGAAUGUCACGGAAGCAAGUUGAUGAAAGGAUAUCAGAAGUUACGAGAUGAUGAGCAUUUAUUUGACUAUACAAUAUAUGUUGAAAAUGAGAGCAUAUCUGUUCAUAAAACUUUGUUGGCUGCAAGCAGUGACUAUUUUCAUGCCAUGUUGACAGGAAGUAUGAAGGAAAGCCGUGAGGACUCUGUAACAUUGCGUGGUCUUACAGCUAUAGGAGUUCAAGCCAUUAUCAACUUUGCUUACACUGGCUUGUUAGAAAUAACAAGCGAUAAUAUAGAUGACAUUCUCUUAGCUGCUAGCCAUCUUCAGGUUAUUGAUUCUGUUGAAUUGUGCACUGAAUACCUUGUCAAGUCAAUUAAUUUGGAUAGCUGUGUUGAUGUCCUCAUCCUUGCUGAUCUUUAUUCACUUGUAAAUGCUCAAGAAAAAUCUCGUGACUUCAUCCGUGAAAACUUUGAACGCAUUGUUACUUCAGAAAAAUAUUACCAAUUGACACAUACUCAACUAGCAUUUUUACUUGCUGGAGACAACUUAAGGGUCACUUCAGAAUACCAACUGGUCAUGUUUGUACUUGAAUGGGUCAAAUGGGAUGAUCAGGUGCGCAAACAGUAUUUACCACAACUGCUUGAAAAUAUACGCUUACCUCUUUUACGUGUAGAUGAACUUGAUAAAUUAGCUCGUUUGCAUAUCAUGAGGAAUAACCCAGGAUGUAAUCGGCUUUUCCGUGAAGCUCAAGAAUAUAAUCGUAACAUUUUUAAACAGCCUAUGUAUCAGACUAAACGCACUCAGGUUCGGUCAGAAAAAGUUAGUCUUGUUCUUUGCCAUGGUGAAUCUCCUAAAAGUUAUACUUUUAAAACAGAGAAGUUCACAACUUUGCGAAAUCCUUUAAUUCCUAUGUAUAACCCCGGUGUCAUUGUUGUUGAUAAUUUUAUGUAUGUCUGUGGCGGCACUUGCAACAAUGAUCAUAAUUUUAACGCUUCACCCCGUUGCUUCCGCUUUGACCCUAGAUUUGACACCUGGACUGAAUUCACUUCAUUAUUAGAGGCUCGAAAGGAUUUUGUAAUGGUUACUGUAAAUAAAACAUUGUAUGCCAUUGGUGGAAAAGAUAAGAACAAUAUCUCUUCUACUAUGGAGAGUUAUACAGUAGAGUCAAACCAGUGGAGUUGGAGAGCUCCAAUCAACAUUGCUGUUUAUGGACAUGCUGGAGACGUUUGUAAAGGAAAGAUCUAUGUAUGUGGGGGACAAACCACAACAGGCUGUGUUAACAAUUUUCUCCGCUAUGAUCCCUCUACUAAUACGUGGGAAGAUCGUUCACGCAUGUUGAGACCUCGUUGCAACCAUAUUUUGGCAUGUGUUAAAGAGAAGUUUUAUGCAAUUGGAGGUAAUGUAGAGGAUAGUCAUGGAUUGGCCAGUCCAAUUGAUCUUAUUGAAUCUUAUAACCCUAACACUGACCAGUGGACUACAAUGGAAGUUACAGUUAGUAUUCGAAAAGCAGGUGCUUUUGUACGUGAUGAUAAAAUCUAUAUUACAGGUGGACUGAAAGAGCAGAGGCUUUUAGAAAUCAUUCAAGAGUAUGACCCUGUAAAGAACACGUUAAAAACUUCCCACACCUUUCCAUUUGUCAUUCUUGGCAGGGCAUGUUGUUUGCUCACAUUAAACAGAUGUGAGCCUUUCCGAUAAUGCUGCAUUCCCAAUAAGACUCCUUAGUAUCACGAUAUAUAUUCUUUCAUAGUUUGCAAGGAAGAGAGCAACAUUUGAUUGUGUGAUUGAAUUGUAUUUAAGUGCUGUGGAAGGGGUUUAAGUGAAGGAAAAAAAAUCAUCGGUGAUUGGAUAAAGGUUUUUAAGUUUUCAUUAUUAGUUUAUAAAUGAGGAUCAGAAAUGUGUUGUGUGUAAAUAUGUGUGUUUGUUGUCUGUCUGUCUAUGUGUUGAUCCAUGGCAGAAUGAAAUAUCGUUAUGAUUCAUUUGCAGUAUGAUGGCCUUUGGUACCACCAGAUAUUAUGACUGUGCAAACUAUUUAGCCAAAGAUGUAAAAAUAAGAAAGCAGAAAAUUGAAAAUUAUUUCUAUACUAAGCAGCUUAUUUUAAUUUUUAUCCUUCAAUACUAAGACAAUAUGAUUUUUAAAUUCUACCGUGUGGACAUAGCUUUAGGUUGGAUUGGUGAAAAAUCAUCAGCAAUGAACUUUUCACAACUUUACUGUAUCAGAUUUUAACCCCUCCUCAUUUACAAAAGAAAUUAAGUGCCAUUAUUAUGUUAGUGAAAAGUCUUAUUCUGUGUAGUAUGACAGUAUCAUUUGUUAUUUGUGUGGCUUUAAUUAGGUAUAUUUCAUAUCUCAGAGUUUUGAUGACACUAUUAACUUGUGCAUGCAUGAUAAUCUGCACAACUUCGCUUCCUUUUGCCAUGUCUGGAUGUUCACAAUCUGUAGCAAUGUUUUCGUGUUUUAAAAGUCAGUAUGGAUAAGUAUUUAUUUAUCCUGUGAUCUGGUGCAAUAAAUAGUCACUUGCUGACCAUGAAUGAUAAUAGGUAACCAUUAAUGGGUUGUCAGUCUUAAAGAGAAUGGAAAAAUGGAGGUUGUGACAUCCUUACCUUUAGUAUUAAAAGGCACUGAUGGCAUGAGUGAAGUAAAAUAGCUACGUUUGGUCUCAAAACCAGGUCACAAUCAGUUUACAACAGAAAUACUUCCUAUAUAUUACUCAUCUAAUGUACUCUACAAUUUAAUUAUAAGUUUCUGUAUCAAUACAAGGCACAAGAUUUACAGGAGCAGGAAAUAAGAGUGUGAAAAGAGUAUUGCCAGCAUUAGGAUAGUGAAUAAUUAGGAUAAUUCUGCAACCAAGAAUUAAAACUGGGUGCACCACUACUCUGUGACUAUACAACAUUCAUGUCUUUCCUAAGAGCAUUAGUAACACAAAUGAAGAGAAAUUAAGACCCCACCCCAAUUAUUGUCAUCUUUAUAUCCUAUGACAACUUUCUAAAUAACUAUUUAUGCUUUGUUCCUCUUACUAUCAAACCAUUAUCUAAUUCAGCUAAUUGCAAUUAAAGAUAUCUAUUAAUGGGUGAUAAGUUUAGCGACUUCAGAUAGGACAAGGAUGAGCAUUGUUAUUAUUUCCCCCCAAAGCAUUAAUGACAUGAACGAAAUGGUUUUACAUGGAACUAAAAUUGGACCCAAUUAGCUGAUACUUUACCAGCACCCUAUAAUACUUGCUAUUCCUUAUUAAAAUUUGAAAAAUAAAGAAAGCUGAGAGGCUUAAGUAAGUAAGAUGCUAGCAGCAAAGACGGAGCAUGAUGCAAAUUAAUUUCAUUAGACUAUUAAAUUCAGCUACUUCUACAGCUUUGCAGGGUCCUUAUUAUUUUCAGGCAAACUACUGCAAGCUGCAGCAGAUACAAAUUAAAAUGAACAGUUUUAGGUAUUUGUUGAAGAUUUUCACUUUUCAACUUUUUACUCCUAUAUAUAAUGCAUCUAACUUCAGCAGUUUGAUGGGUUAUUUGUAAAUUUUAUCAUAAAUAUUAUUUCAAACAAUCAUAUUAAGCUGCACAAGGAUUUUCCAGCAAGCUAAAUGUUAUGCAAGCCCGUACCAAUGUGUAAAGUCUUAAGCCAAAGAACAUAACAGACUGUGCCUCCUCCUAGGAAAUUAAUAUAUCUAUAUUUCAUGUGAGGGAAAAUAAAAACAUUAAUCAAGUAAUACACUGUAUACAAAAAUUAGAUCUAUUUUGAAUUUAAUAAAUGCUAUCAUCAUCAUCACAUCAUCAUUAUUAUUUUAAUGAAAAUAAUUUUUUCUUCUUUAACUCUUAGAAAGACCACUUGUGAAAAAUAAUUUAAAAUCGUUUCCUUUUAUGUGGUUUGUUUGUCACAUUCAAGGAGGAAGCUUUUCAUAUGACUGAUUGACUUUUCUCACAAAUUUUCUGUUGUCUCAUUUUACCUCCCUCCCUUGCUCUUAUGAAACUAAAGAUGUUUAUCUUUUCACUAGAAUCUAUUUUAGCAUUUACAAAUUAAGUUUAUACUGGAAGAUGCAACAUAUUCCUUUCUCUGUAACUUUUGAAUUGCUUCACUAUUUUUUACUUAUUUCUUCCACCUCCAUAUCGGCAGCUAAACCCUGCAUUAUUAAGCCAAUUAACAACGAAAUCUUUUAACCGUGGAAGAUGUCUUCCAGAUUUUUCAUAGAUAUGCCAAACUUGUUUUAUCUCUCUUCUUCAUAUACAGCUGUGCAAUGCUGAAAUUUCAUGGAAACUGUAAAUUUAGAAAGAAUUAAAUAUAUGUUGUAUUUUAA